AUGAAGUCCACGCUCUUUACAUCCAUGCUUCUUGGAAGCUCGAUGGCCUUUCUGCAUGGCUAUCGACACGCGCGUGAUGAGUUUCACCAAUUACCGGCGAGGUCUGAUGAAGAAUCACCAUCUGUGAUUGUCACAACUAUAACUAACUGGGUGUGUACAACCUACACGACCACGCUCGGAGCCGUAGCUAUGACUUCCCCCUCGGCUGCAGCUCCCACUCCUGUUGUGACUGUGUUCCCAUCUCCAGGAACCUACACCAUUCCAGGUUCAACUGUUACUCUGUCUGAAAGCACAACUGUGGUGGCUGCAACCACCACCUCCUUGGCGCCAGGAACUCACACCGUCGGAGGUGCUACGACUGUUGUCUCCGGACCCUCCACAAUCACGGUGCCAUAUCCUGGUGUGGCAACCGAAGGUGGAACGGUCACCAGCGUGAUCCGUACAACUGUCUACACCUGCCCGGGGGCCGGCACCUACACAAUUGGCGCGACUACCAUCACUCCAACCGUGUCGACUGUCUAUGUCUAUCCGACCACGUCCUCUUAUUCUUCUGGAACCUACACCUAUCCGGAGACUACAGUCACAGUUACGGUGACUUCGGACGUGUAUAUCUGUCCAGCCACCUCUUCCUCACCGACGUCAUCUCAUUCAACUGCUCCGCCAGUCACGGCAACGACCACAUCGACCGCAUCGUCAAGUGUGAGCACCGAGGUUUCUGCUUCCAAUACAUCAAGUGCACCCUCACACACGACCACGCUGAGCACUGGUUCAGUCUCAAGCACCCAGACUUCAUCGAAGCCUGAUACCACUAGCCAUACAACGGCCCCAAGUCAAUCGUCUUCUAGUGUUUCGUCAACACCUGUUACACACAGCCACACACACAGCCAUACCACAACUCCUUGUCGUUCAUCUUCGAAGCCUGUAACAAGUGUUUCCACCAAGCCUCACUCAUCUUCAAGCCCUGUGUCACGGAGUCCCUCCAUCUCCCCCUCAAGGUCUGCCACCCCGAGCUCGAGCGUCCAGUCUUCAUCUAGCUCGCAGUCAACAACAAGUGCUACUACGACGCCGUCCGCUUCUCGUUCGGCCACCCCGAGUACCUCUGCCACGACUACUCCCACCCCGAGCACUUCCACGACAAGUACUUCCACCACGAGCACUCCCACCCCGAGCACUCCCACCCCGAGCACUUCCACCACUAGUACUUCCACGACAAGUACCUCCACCACGAGUACUUCCACUACGAGUACUUCCACCACAAGUACUUCAACCACGAGUACUUCAACCACGAGUACCUCUACCAAGUGUGACACCAAAACAUCAACCUCAACCUCUGCUAGCGCCACAGCGACCGGCUCUUGCGGCAGCGGCACUGCCUAUGGCUACGUCCCCAACCAUUCCACCACUUUCACCUCACUCGAAAUCGGCUCCAACUGGGGCUGGGUGAUCACAGGUCAGGCGCCACUCAGUGGGACUCUCUACAUGGGUGCUGGAGGCAACGACAUCUCCAAGGCCACCGACGUUGGAACGUUUACCAUUCAACACGUUGGAAGCAACCUCGUCGUCUCUUACCACACAGUCGGUCCAUUCAGCCUUUCCGAAACCCACGUUUAUUACGGUAAAAACUACCCGAGCAAAAUUGCGCCCGGACAGUUCGGAAAUACGCAUACCUUGGCACCAGGCACGACGACGGACACGUUCUACAUUCCUUAUGAUCCCAGAAAGGACAAAUAUAUUAUCCAUGCGGCUAUUCAUGGUUCUUGCUAG